AUGUGGUUCCCAUCCCUCGUACAGAUCCUCUACCUUAUCUUCCUCAGCGGCCAAUCCUACGCCAUCUUCUUGCACUUCUUCAAACCCUCCACAGGCCUCGUCAACUCCAACCGUCUUCUCCAGGUCAAAGGCCUCUCUGUUCUCGCCAUUUUGAUAUCUUUUCCCUCCAUCUUUGCGACCAGUCUCCCUUCCGCUGUCUCCCACUCUACAAACACUGGAUUACUGCACCUGUUAUCCUGGGUCUUCCUAGCCGGAAGCUCGCUUUUGGGCAUCUGGUGCGGUCAAGUCACCGGCCAGGGGAAUCUUUCCGUCAUCUUUGGCAAGGUGACCCCGAGGGAGGUUAUCAAUACUGGUCCUUAUGCUUUGGUCAGGCAUCCGGUUUAUGUGUCUUAUGCGCUUGGCUGGUUGGGAUCUUUGAUUGCCAUGCAGCAGGAGUGGAGACACAACCAUGCGUUCUUUGGGUUCAUCAGAAUGGUGGCAAUGGCUGUUGUUGUCAUAGGCCUGUUCGGCUUGUACAGGGAAGGUGCUGACUUGGAGGAGAGACAGUUCAUGUUGAACGAGGAUGUGGUCAAGGGAGAGACUGUGGAGUUGGGCGUCAGAAGAAAGUACGAAAGCUACAAGAGCGUGGUGGGCGCAAGAUGGAUUCCCGGUGUCAUCUAG